UGAAACGUGAUUCGCUUAACUUACCAUCGUUCUCGAUCGUUUUCAGAAAAGAUCGCACAGGCAAGCGAGCGUAAUGAACGUCGACUCAAAAUGUGGUUUUUGCGGAGUAGAGUCAACGUUAAAGUGCGCCGGGUGCCAACUAAUUUACUACUGCAGUCCGGAGCAUCAGAAAAAGCAUUGGCGUGCAAAACAUAAAAAUGAGUGCGCCAAACCUUAUGAGAUCGUGUAUCAUUCGAAGGAAGCAAAGCUGGCAAAGAAUGAAGAAAUUGGCCGUUUCUUUAUGGUCACCAAGCCCAUUCCGAAGGACACGGUACUGUUUUCGGAAAAUCCGCUUGUUAUUGGACCAAAAUGGAACCUGGACGAGUACGAGCAACGGUCAACUAUAGUACCAUGCGUUGGUUGUUUCGCCGAUUGCCACCUCGGACAAUUCCGUUGCGAACACUGUCACUGGCCAGCCUGUAAACCGGAUUGCCCCGGAUUGACCAACGCCAACUUGCAUGGUAUUGAGUGUGGCAUCCUUCGCUUCGGACGAGCCCCAAAACCCACCGAUGAUCCGGAAACAUUCUUCGACUACUAUCGUUACGAUGCGCUGCUAGUGCUGAAGUGUUUGGCCAUACAGAUCCGUAGCCCAACACAGUUCGACCAGAUGAUGAACCUCGAGAGCCACUAUGAAGAACGUAAGAAAACGCAUUACUAUCGCGAUACCGACGACCGCGUGGUGUCCUAUCUGUUGCGCAAUUUCCUGGAUCCGCUACAAAAGCUUGAAAAGAAACAGGACAAACAAGUGCUGAAGGUGUGCGACAGGAAGGCGCUGCACAAGAUUGCCGGUAUACUCGAGGUAAAUGCAAUGGUAAUUCCCCUGGCUAAUGGAAGGGAAAUUUGUGGUCUCUAUCCCAUUGGCUGUAUGCUCGAACAUUGCUGUGUUCCCAACUCUUUUUACACGUUUGACUGUUCUAAGGGCAUGAAGUUGACGUUCAAGGCCGGAAGGGAUAUUCAAAAAGGUGAGCACUUGACCACAACCUACACCCAUUCGCUGUGGGGAACGCAGCUACGUCGGCAGCAUUUAAAAGCGAACAAAUGCUUUGACUGCAAGUGCGAGCGAUGCGCUGACCCAACGGAACUCGGAACAUUUCUUAGUGCUCUAAGGUGUAUGGGAUUGGAUGGAGAGCCAUGCGGCGGAUAUCAGCUGCCAAUAGACCCACUGUCCGAAACCAGUGACUGGAAAUGUAAUCGUUGUCCCGUACAGAUAACACACGAUCAGGUCAACUUUCUCUUGUCCAAGAUUGGCGAAGAAGUCGAUGAGCUUAUGGGACGGAAGUCCUCCGUCAAGGAGUUCGAGGAUCUUAUACAAAAGCUGCAGAAUUUCUUGCAUCCUAAUCACUUCCAUCUGCUAACGUUGCAACAUUCGCUGAUUCAAAUGUACGGACACUUUAACGGAUAUCAGCUACAGGUACUUUCCGAUGCGUUGCUACAAAGGAAGCUGUCCAUGUGUCGCGAUAUGAUGCGUAUCACCGACGUGCUCGAUCCAGAGUCGUUCCGACUUACGCUCUAUGCCGGGUCCAUAUUGCUAGAGCAGCAGUUUGCACUGAUUGAGCGGAAUAGACGACAGCAAGCUUCUGGUGCCGGCAACUUAGAGAACAUGAAACGGGACUAUCAAGAAGCGUAUGGUUGUUUGGUGCGCGCUAGAAGCAUGCUACGCAAUGAAAUGGGAACUAAACAGGGAAAGAAGCUGUUGGAAGAGGUAGAGAGCGCGCUGGGCCGGAUCAGCGACGAUCAUUUGGCAUUAAUCGGGAACGUGGGAACAGCCUGAGCCAAUCACACCUAG